CCUGUUUCCUAAACUACACUCUGCAACAACAGAAUCUGAAGAAACUGAAUUAAAAUGUCCAACAAGUACAGACUACUGGUGAAGAACGCCAAACAGGUGGUUCUGAUCUGCAACAAUGGAGAGAAAUACCUGACGAAGACUGGGAUGCAAAGUCUUUGUGUGAUUGAAAAUGGGAGCGUUGUAAUAGGGAGUGAUGGGCUGAUUAAGGCUGUGGGGCCUGCUGACACCAUCAGGGCUCAGUAUCCAGAAGCGUCUUUUGAUAAAGUGAUUGAUGCAACAGGAAUGUGUGUCCUGCCUGGGUUGGUUGACGCCCACACUCAUCCAGUUUGGGCUGGUGACCGGGUACAUGAAUUCGCAAUGAAGCUGGCAGGUGCCACCUACAUGGACGUACACCGGGCCGGUGGAGGGAUCCACUUCACGGUGGAGCACACUCGAGCUGCGGCGCCCUCGGAGCUGCUGGCCUCACUGAGCAGCAGGUUGGUUCGGAUGCAGCGGGCGGGUACCACUCUGGUGGAGUGUAAGAGCGGCUACGGCCUGGAGCUGCAGACUGAGCUCAAGAUGCUGGAGGUGAUCGAAGCGGCCAGACGCACCCUGCCCAUCAACAUCUCCUCAACCUACUGUGGAGCCCAUGCAGUGCCCAAAGGGAAGACAGUAGCAGAGGCCACAAAGGACAUUCUGCAGGUUCAGCUGCCUCUGCUGAAGGAUCGUAUGUCUGCUGGGACUCUCAGAGUCGACAACAUUGAUGUUUUCUGUGAGCAGGGAGUGUUUGACCUUAGCUCAACACGCUCCAUCCUGCAGGCUGGCAAAGACAUGGGCCUCAACAUCAACUUCCAUGGAGAUGAGCUCCAUCCUAUGAACUCUGCUCAGUUGGGAGCAGAGCUUGGAGCCUUAGCCAUCAGUCACCUGGAGGAGGUGACAGAUGAGGGGAUUACUGCCAUGGCAAAAGCAAAAACCGCUGCAGUCCUUCUACCAACUACAGCUUACAUUCUUCGACUGCCUCAGCCCCGGGCCAGAAACAUGUUGGAAGCUGGAGUAAUUGUUGCCCUCGGCAGCGACUUCAACCCCAACGCCUACUGCUGCUCCAUGCCAAUAGUCAUGCACCUGGCCUGCGUCAAUAUGAGGAUGUCCAUGCCUGAGGCUUUGGCAGCGGCCACCAUCAAUGCAGCCUACGCCCUUGGGCGCUCCCACACACACGGCUCCCUGGAGGUCAACAAACACGGAGACCUGCUGGUCCUCAACACCACACGAUGGGAGCAUCUGAUCUACCAGCUGGGUGGACAUCAGGAGCUCGUCCGAUACGUCGUCAUCAAAGGCAACGUAGUCUACGAUAACGACAAAACUGUGGACUUAUAACCAGGGAGAAAGAUCAUUCCGCCUAUUAAGAAAUGUGCUAAGUCCAAUGAAUCAAUGUUACUAUCUUAACAGUAUUAAUGAAUUCUCCACAGAUCAAUGUUUUUAAAGGUAAAAUGUCACGUUUGAUGUCUCUCUAUUCAUGUAUCUCUGUUACUGUGAUGGCUAACAGACAUUAGGUCAGCUUAUUCAGUGAUUACACAUAAGAGGAAUUUCAUUAUCAGCACAGAAACAGGUUAAAUAUUUGGCACCUCAGAUGAUCAGAGUUUAUUGAUUUAGUGCUAUCUGACCUGUAGCUGUAACUCUGCAACGACCUGGUGUUCACUCCGCUCUUAUCCGUGUAACCAAAGAGUGUUUUGUGAGGUGAAAGCAGACACAAAAAACUACAGAAUAAAGAUUGGUGAAGCAAAAGUAACAAAAGUCAAUGAGUCACUAUCACCUGAAACUAAACAUCAAUUAAACCUUUCACACAUG